AUGACGGCUGAUGUGGCUUCCGAUGCGGAUGACAGGAGGCGGUUCAACGGUGUGAACCUCAACAUCACGCUGGUUUGUCCGGAAUGCAAGGUUUAUCCUCCGGAGCUGAUAGAGCGGUUCAGCGAAGGUGAUGUUGUGUGCGCAUUAUGUGGACUUGUUUUAAGCAACAGAAUAGUCGAUACAAGGUCUGAAUGGAGAACGUUCAGCAACGAUGACCAGAACGGAGACGACCCUUCGCGUGUUGGUGAGGCUUCUAGUUCCCUUCUGGACAGCGAUCAACUCUCUACCGUUAUUUCGAGCUCUCAGGAGGCUGGUCGUACUGGAAGAGAACUGAACAGGGCUCAGAGUAAGAGUCUCGUGGACAAGAAGGACAAUGCUUUGCAGGAUGCCUACUCCAAGAUCACGCACAUGUGUGAUGGAUACCAGCUUCCAAAAGUGGUCCAGGACGGAGCCAAGGAGGUUUACAAGCUUGUUUAUGAUGAGCGGGCUUUGAAGGGUAAAUCUCAGCUCAGUAUUAUUGCAGCAUCGAUUGUUCUUGGGUGUAGAAACGCCAAGGUGGCUCGGUCUUUCAAGGAAAUUUGGGCUUUGACCAAUGUUCCUCGCAAGGAGAUUGGUAAGGUAUUCAAGAUGAUCACCAAGAUUGUACAGGAGAAGAGCGCUCAGAGUGGGGCCAGUUUGUCGUUCCAAAGUGAUUCUCUGGCUGCGAGACAGAUGAACGCUGAGGACUUGGUGGGCAGAUUCUGUUCUCAUCUUGGUCUGUCUCCUCAGGUUUCGAGUGCUGCUGAGUUUAUCGCGAGAAGGACUCGUGAGGUGGGUGUCUUGGCGGGUAGAUCGCCAACGACAAUUGCUGCUGCCGUGGUUUAUAUGGCAGCUCAGAUAUUCGGCCAGUCGCUUCUGCCUUCACGGAUCUCCGAGAAGACGGGUGUCAGCGACGGUACUAUCAAAACGUCGUAUAAGCUACUUUAUGCGAAGAAGGAGGAUCUGGUAGACCCAUAUUGGAUUGAGUCUGGGAGGGUCAAUUUUGACAAGAUUCCAAAGGCUUAA